AUGAGGAAAAAGGGAUAUAUAAAAAAUUUUGAAAUGGAAGAAAUUAUAUUUACAUUAUUAAGUUGUUUAGAUGAAGAUAAGAAAUUAAACUACGAAAUAGUAAACACUCUUAAAAUGUACAUUAUGUAUCAUAAGAGUGAAAUCUUAAAUUAUGUGUUUUCAUUUCUCCAAAUUCAAAAGGUAAGUCAUGAGAAUCAAAAACUAUUAUUGUUAUUAACGUACGAUUUUGUUCAUUAUUGUAUAUAUGAUAACUUUAGUGACGUUGUUAAUAAAUAUUUUGAGGAAGAAGAGGAUAGUGAUAAUAUAAAAGUAGAAGAAAAAGAUAUAGAAGGAAGAGAAGAAGGUCAAUAUGUAGACAUAAAAAUAUUUGACAAUAUUUUAAAAUAUACUUUUUUCGAUGGGGACAAGUAUUGUUUUGUAUAUGAUCAUGAAUUGAAAAACAAUUCUAAUAGUAUAAAUGAAAAAGAUGAGAAUAAGUUAUAUGAAUAUAAUAAUAAUGUGAAUAGUUAUAAUAAUUAUUGUGAUGAUUAUAAUAAAUGUCGUAGUAACAUAAAACAUAGCCAUAGUUACGUUAAAAGGGAUGCUAAUUAUUAUAGCAAAUUACGAAACAAAGAAGAUAUAAAUGAUCAGAGUAUUUUUUGUUAUGAUAAAAUUAUUAAUAUGAAAACAUUAAAAAAAGAAGAAUACAAGCUUUUUUUAAUUGAAAAAAAAAACAUGACUAUGAAUUAUUUCAAAAAAGACAAGAUUUGUGAAACCAAUUUGGAUUCAUUUGAUAAUAUAGAAGACAGUAGUAUAAAGAAAAAUAAGCGAAAAUCCGAAAUAAAUAAUAUUAUUAAGAAUAUAAUAAAUUUUAUAUUAAAAGAAAUGUUAUAUAUAAAAAAGAAUGACGAGAGGCACAAAAUAAUGACUAAUUUAUUGAUAUUGUGCAUAAUAAAAGAAGAUAAUUAUUUAAAAAAGAAAAUAAUCGAGAAAGUACGUUAUUACAAAGAUAUUAUUAGUAGUAGUAAUAAUAAUAUGAACACAACUACUGAUGGUAAUAAUAAUAAUGGAACCAAAUUGAAUACUUAUAUAUAUAUCGAUUUAUAUAAAGAAAUAUUCAUGAAAUCUCCUCACUUAACAAAAAAUGUGCUAGGAGAUAUUUUCAAAAGCAUGCUUACUUUAGACCAUAACAAACAUAUAGAUAUAAUGUUUGAAAUAUUUUUAAAAAUUUUUCAAGAUGUUCAAUUCCCAUCUGUAUUAUAUAGCAUCAUAUAUAUGAAUAAGAAAUAUAAAAAAAAGAACUUCAUAAUAACAAAUAAAAAGAAUACUAAUGUAUAUUUUGAAAAUGACGUUAUUCAAUUAUCUGUAGAAAAUACGAGUGAAGAUACUUUUACGACAAAUACUAGAGAAUCUUCUUUAAAUUCUGGUAUGAUGAAUGAUAUGAGGUAUAGUGUUAAUAAUUAUGCUGAUGAAAAGGUUUACCAUAGUGAUGAUAAGAGUGACCACCUUAUAUAUAAGCAUGUACAUGAUGAAAAGAAUAAAUAUGACGAGAUGUAUACAAAAACUAAAGAAAAUGAAAACAUUAUAUAUAAAUCUAAUAUAGUUGACAAAAAAACGUGUGAUAUUAGUUCAGAAAUGGUUAAUGGUAAGGACAAAUUAGAUGUUGAAAAAUAUAUAGGUUCACAUGUAAAAAAUGAUGAAAACAAUAAAGAAAAAUUAAAAAAGAAAAUAGAUAAUGUAAAUAAAAAAGAAUAUAUUGAUAAUAAAGAGAGUGAAAAAAGUGUAUCAUUGAACAUAUAUGAAAUGGAGAAAGAAAAAAUAAAUGAUAUAGAAAAAAUAACAAAGAAAUAUUUAGAUAUAUAUUUUAAUAUAAGUAUGAGUAUGAAAUAUACAAAUGAAAAUUAUAUAAAAAUACUUUAUAUAAUAUCUAAAUUAUUAUUAUAUAUAAAUAAUGAAGAAUAUGUAAAGAAGACAUUUGAAGUGUAUAUAUAUUAUUUUUUAAUAUUUUUUAAUUCUACAAUAAUAAACAGUUAUAAUAACUAUGCUAUGGAGAUACAUGAUACUUCAUGUAUAUAUAAUAACGAUUCACAAAUAGAUAUUAAUUAUAUAAAUCUAAAAAACAUACCUAAUUAUAUUAUAAUAAAUAGUUUUAGAAUAAUUUUACAAAGUUGUCUAAAUAAGGUUCAUUUGAUAGUAGUAUUUACAAAUAAUAUAUUGAAGAUAUCUUAUGCAUUAUUAUAUAUACUAAUAAAUAAAAAUAUAAAUACAUCAAAUUGUGGUAAUAUUAUUGAGGUUAUAACAUCUAAUGAUUAUAUAUAUACAUUUAUUGAAAUUAUGGAAAUCUUUAAUAUCUUGAUAUCAUGUAUAUAUACAAAUAAUUCAGUAAUUCAAUUUUUAAAAGAGAAAUGUAAAUCAAAUAACAAAGUUGAUAUAAUUGUGUCAUUAAUUAUUUUGAAACAAUAUAUUGUAUUAAUAUCGAAUGAUUUUAGUAGUGAUAAUAUAAUAUAUAAUAUAUCUAACCAGAAUAUGAAAAUAAAUGAAAGGAAUGAUAAGAAAAAGGGUUCAGGGAAAUAUAAGCAAUCUUUUAGAAAAUUAAAUAGUUAUAUUGAUACAUAUCAGAAUAAUACAAACAUUGAACUUAUUAUUCAAAUGGUACAUAGCUUAUUGGAAAAAUAUAAUACGGAUUUGAAUAUUAUUUAUAUAUUGUUAGAGAUUAGUUUAUUGCUUUCUUAUCAUAAUUAUUUUAAUUGUUUUUCUUAUAACCCUAAUGCAAUUUUUAGUUUAUUGCAAAAAGAUAGUAGUCCUUUGUUGGUUCUUUAUGAAAAUGUGCACAUAAGAGAGGGUGAAAAGUAUGGAAGAAAUGAAGCAACGGAUAAUGAAGUAGAUUACAAAAAGGGUGAUAUAAUAAAACAUAAUGUAACAAAUGAACAUGGAAACCACUCCGAUUCAUAUCCUUAUGGUAACUCUUUGAAUUUGGAUAGAAAACCUAAGAAUAUGUAUGAAGAUAUAUACAAAGAGAAGGGGUUUGUUAAGUCAGAUUGUUCAAAUAUAGAAAUCAAGAAAAAUGAUAUGAUAAAUAAUGAUGUUUAUAAAAAAAAUGAAUUUUAUGAGGAUAGUAGAAUAAAUAUGAUAUAUGAUGAAGAUGAAAUAAAGACUUGGUUUCUGAUACCACAUAAAUAUGUGAUAAAUAUAAUAUAUUUAUUUUUAAAUAUAUUAUUAACCGAUGAAUCUAAUUUUAAAUUAAAAAAUAAAAAGUAUGGAUAUUUUGUAAAUGAAGAAACAAAAGGAACAAUUUAUGAAGAUAAUAAUGGUUUACAAGAAAUAUUAAAAAAUGGAAAGAAGUAUAAUAAACUUUUAUAUGAUAUACAUUCUCAUUACUUUAUGUAUAUGUGUCCAUCUGUGUCAUAUAUGAAAAAAUUAAUAGUAUUAGCUUUCCAAUGUAAUUUUUCUUUAUACUCCCCUAGGGUAUUAUAUCCCUUAUUAUUUGAAUAUGUAGUAAAUAUAAAGAAUAGUUAUAAAAUAAUAUUGUUAUUGUUGAAAUGUUUAAAUAUUAUAUGUAUAUCUUUAUGUAAUUACAUGAGUAAAAAUAAUUUAAAAAUACAUUCAAGACUUCAUUUUAAUUAUUUGGCUUUACCAAAUAUAAAUAAAAUUAUAUCAGUUUUGUUUAUGUAUGGUCUCCAUCCAAAUUUUGCUGUUUCGUUUUUAAGUUUACAACUUUUAUCCAUUUUGAUUUAUUUUACACAGAACAGGAGUAUAUGUUCUAUUAUUCAUAAUACUUUAUAUUACAAAACGGUGCUUCGUGUUUUAUUUCUACACGAUAAAUUGAGGAGGAUGAAAAACGGGGCUGAAUCUAAGGAAGGCGUGGCACAAAAUGAAGAAGUGAUGAAUAAUAAGAGAAAGAAUAAGAAGGGUGAACAUACAAAAGGUAUUUUUUUGGAAUCCUUUAAGUAUACUAGGCAAAAAAAAAUGAUGGAGGAAAUAAAUAAGGAUAUCAAAAAAAAAAAGAUGAGGAAGAAAACAAUAUUUGAUAAAAAUGAAAAGAUUAGCAAGGCGUGUUAUUACAAACAAAUGAUAUUAUUAAGUUAUAAAAAAAUAACUGAGAGUAUAAGUAAAAAAUUGGUUCAUACUUAUUUGCAUGUUUCUUCAGUAAAUAAACAUGAUAAUUUGAGUAGUAGAAAGAAGAGAAAGAUCAAUAAAUUUAUAAAAAGAUAUUUUCAUGUGGAUAUGGGGCAAAUUAAUGAAUUUCUGAGGAAUCACGAUCCAUACAAUUGUAAAGAGUUUGAUAAGGUUAAAAUAUAUAAUGAUGAUAAUAAUAAUAAUAAGAAGAAGAAGAAGAAAAAAAAAAAAAAAAAAACUAACAACAAUAAGGUUGAUAAUGAGGAUAAUAAAAAUAAUACUGAUUGUUAUAAUGAUAACAACAAUAAUAAUAACAUCAACAAUAAUAAUAAUAAUAAUAAUAAUAAUAAAGAUUGUAAUCAUUCUUACAAUUAUGACCAUGGUUGUAUCCAUGAAUGUUUAGUAUUCCCCAUGAUUGAAUCACUACCCACUUUUUAUAUUACUGACAUCUUGGAACUGUUGCAUAAAAUUUUUCUGAAUUAUAUAAGAAAAGAAAAAGAACACAUAUAUAAUUUCCAGACAUAUAUUACAACAUUUUUUUUUACUUUAUUAGAGAUGCUAAAAAAUAUACAAAGUGAUAAAGAUUAUGAAAAGACACUAUAUAAUAUAGGAAUUAUAAAUAUGAUGUGUGUAGCUGUUAAAUUUCUUAAGGAAAAGUGUCCUAAUAAGAUCAUUAGUAUUUUUUUUAAGCUUCUUGAAGAGGUCCCAAUUCCCUUAGGAGAAGAAGAAGAUAAAGUUGUGACUUUAUAUAAAAAUUAUUCUUAUAUUUAUCGAACUCACUUUUUUAAUUUGUAUAAAGAUAAAUGUACUACAUUGUAUACAAAAAAUUGUAUGGAAUAUAUAAAAAUGAUGAGAAAUAAUAUAUGGUUAAAUAAAAAAAAAAAUGAUAGUCAAGUGGAUUUUAAUAACUUUAUUAUAUUAUCUAAUAUGUAUAAUAAUAGUGAUACAUUCAAAAAAAAAAACAUACAAAAUGUUUUGCAAUAUUUAAAUGAUUACCAACAAGUGUAUAAAAAAAAUGUAGUCCAUAUUUUCAAUAUGUAUAUAUCAAAUGUGGUAACCCAUAAGGAGAUGGAAAAUGGUAUGUAUAGGAAAGAGGGAAAUAAAAGAGAGAAUAACACAUAUGAUAAGAUUAAUAUUGAUGAUAAAAAUAAUUUUGGUCAACCUAUAUAUAAAUAUGUCGAUAAAUUAACAAGCAAGAGAAAUACAUUGGAUAAUUCAUCAAUAAAUUGUUUAGAGUCAAGUUAUGUUACAAAGGGUAGUAAUACGAAGAUUAGAAUAAAGGACAUAGAAAAAAUAGGAAAUAAAUUAGAUACAUCCAAUCAAUUAGUAAUGAAAUCACUUUUUUUUUUAUUUGAAGAUAAAUUGGGUUCAUAUAUUUUACAAAAUGAUAUGAAUUUUUCCAUAACAAAAAAUUUUAAACAAGAAAUAGCAUCUUAUUAUAUUCAAUCAUUACUAUAUGAGAAGAAUUUUUUUCAAGUACUUUUUUUGUUAAGCAAUAUAUAUUAUUCUGAUGUAGCCAAUAAGAAAAUUGGAGCCUUUUCAUUGUUUGGGAAAUCAAGCAAUGUAAUUCAUGCCGAAAAUAUAAGAAAUACAUUAAUAUUAAGUAUGGGUUUAUGUAUGAAGAAAAUAAAUUCUCAUAAAUUUAAUCAUUUAUAUAAUAUAAGAGAAGCAUAUGUAAGUAAGGAAAUAUUUCAUAUAUAUUUAGAAAAGAUAUAUUUAAAUAUCGCCAAAGAGAAUGAAAAUUUUGAGAAUAUUUUAUUUGAUAAAAAUGAUUCCGUUGGCAUAAUACCCACUGAAAUAAUAAAUAAGAUAAUAGGUAACAAGCAAAAAUAUGUGAAGACAAAUUAUAGAGACCAGAUAAAUUUAUAUAUAAAAAUUAAAAACUUAUUACUAUCAAGUAUUCAUAUAAGUAAUAGUAAUACAUCUGACUUGAAUAAAAUAAACGUGGAAGGGCAAAAGUAUGAAGACCCUGUAAAAAGGACAUUAUCAAUUAUGAGGAUUAUUACGAAUAAUAGUAUAAGGAAUGAAGAUAUGGAUAAUAAUAAAAACAAUAGCAAUAAUAAUAAAAACAAUAAUAAUAAAAACAAUAGCAAUAAUAAUGACAAUAAUAAUAAUAAACAAUCAAAUUACCAUAAUAGCCAUGAUGGUAUUAAAAAAGGCGUAGGCUAUAAAAAUAAUAGUUCAAGUAAUACAAAUGAUAACAAAAUAGAUUUGUCAAACAUGCACAAUAAUAAUAAUAAUAUUGUUAUGAACUCUGAUUACAUUAUAAAUAAUGGUUUUACUUCAAACGGUACAUGCAGUAAAUCGCCAAACUGUAACGAUAAACUUAUGAGUAGUCAAAAAGAAGAAAUUGCUCAUAUAUAUAAAUAUAUGUCUAAAGAAAAACUUCAUUUUUUUCUUUUACAAUUAUUAGUAGAUCCAAUAUUGGGUUCACUUUAUCAAGAAAAAGAAAGUGUGUUACAGUCGAGUUUGUUGAAAUCAUUAAGAAUGAUAUCUAAAAGGUUAAAGAGAAUAAAAGGGAUAAUAUUAGAAAAUGAUAAAUAUAAUAAUACGAAAAAGGAGGAUCUAAUAAAAAAUAAUAGAAUAUUAAAUGAUGAGAGCAAAAAUAAUAUGUUUGAAAAAAAUUAUUCGUGUGAAAUCUUAAAUUAUAUUGAUAUAAAUAAUAAACGUUGUAUUCUAAAAGAUAUAUGUGAAGAUUAUUUAAAAGAAAAUUUGAGUAAUGUAAAGAAUUAUUCAUGUUUGUGUAUAUAUAAAUUUAUAAUAAUAUAUUCUUCUUUAUAUUAUUUGUCCAAUAUUGAUAAUUUAAGUUUCCCCAUACAUAAUACAACAGAUGACAUAUCUAAUGUGUCUUUAGAGAAAUUUGUGCUUUAUUUUAAGUUUUUUUAUAGGGGAAUCAUAAAUAAAAGUGAAUAUUAUUUUAAGGAAGAAAUUAUUAAGAAAUAUGGUGAGGAUGGCCAAUAUAAUAAUGAUGACUACAUGAGUAUAAAUAAUAACACAAAAAAUAAUAAUCACUAUAGUAAUAAUAAUCAUCAUAAUAAAAACAAUAGUAAUAAUAAUAACAGCAACAACAACAACAACAACAAUAAUAAUAAUAAUAAUAAUAAUAAUUAUAAUAAUAAUAAUAAGGGUAAUAUUAAUAAGGUUCAUAAUAAAACCAUAAGGAAAAAUAUUGAUAGGUUACAUCAAUUAAAUUCAAACAUAAAUUUGGAAAAAGAAUUUUAUUAUAUCAAAUUGAUUGUUGAAUUAGAUAAAAAAAUGAAUAUAAAACAUCUGAACAAGUCAUCAAAUAAUUUCAUCCGAAAUGAUUAUUUUUCUGAAUUAUUAAUACAACAUAAUGGUAACUCAAAUAAUAUAGAAGAAACAAAAACAUAUAAGAAUGAUUAUCAUUAUCACCCUGUAGAUAUAAAUAAGGAAUCGUAUGAAAUUUUGUUACAUUCCUUAAAAACUAUAUAUAAUUCUUUAUUUAUACGCCACCCUUUAAAUUUUCAAUAUAUUUUUAUCAUUGUAGAUGUGCUUAUCGGCUUGUUCUUAAAAAUUGUGUUUAACGAAAAGAAAAGGAUAUAUCAAGAAUUUCAAAAGAAUCGUGAGGGCUGUUGUAAUAAAGAAGAGAGUGGACAUGAGAACAAUUCGAAAGGUAUUAAGAAUAUAGUGUCCAAAAGGGGAGAGGAAAAUAUGGGAGAGAAAAAAAGAAACAAUAAAAGGACCAAAUAUAAGGUGCAAGAAGAAAAAGAAAAUGUUACUUUGGAUAUGUAUAAAUAUAAAAUUAUAAAGAAUGACCAUGAUAUUUAUAAUGAUGAACACAAAUGUAAUGAUAAUAAUAAUGAUAAUGAUAAUAAUAAUGAUAAUAAUAAUAAUAAUGAUAAUAAUAAUGAUAAUAGUAAUAAUAGUAAUAAUAAUAACAAAUUGGGUAUAUACAAUGUAACACAUAAUAACAUUUUAAAAGAUAAUAAAAUGAAAGCAGCAUUCAAAUGUGAUAAUGAUAUUUAUAAUCAUUCGAAUAAGAAGAGUACUAAACAAAAAAAUAAUAGAAACAAAUCAUCAUAUAUAAAAUUAAAAAAAUACAAUAAAUCAAGUUUUAUUAAUAAUAUUAUAUUUGAUAAUUUAAAUAAAUAUGAUAAAAUUUCGAUAUCAUGUUUAAAUUUAAUUAUAUCCAUAAUUGUACGACUUGUAUUGGAUAUAAAUAGUUUUUUCUUCUUGUCCAAAAUAAUUAAAUAUAUACAUGACCUUUGUAUAUCUACCAAUAUAUCUGAAGUGAAAUUCUUGUCAUUCCGUAUAAUACUUCAAAUGGUGGUAAAUUCGCGUUCGAUUAAAAUGAGACGUGUAAAAAGAGUAAGUUCUGAGGAGGAAUAUUGUGACAAGGGUUCGUUUUAUUCAAAUAUAGAAGAGAGGGAGUGGAAAAAAGAAGAAACAAAAGAAGUAAAAGAAGGACAAUAUAAAGAAGAUAUAUUAAAUGAUGAACAAAAUAAUAAUACCAGUUUAUUAUCAUAUAAUUCAUCCAAUUUUGAGAGAUAUUUUAGUUUGCUUUUUUCACCAAAUUCUACUGUAUCUUAUGGUACUCUUUUUGAUUUAAAGAAUGAGCAAAAAGGAAAAUUGGAAAAUAAGUCAAAUUAUAAUAUUGAAAGAAAUAAUAUGGAUAAGGCAACGGAUCUCUAUGAUAAUUAUGUGUCUGAUAUGACUAAAGAAAAUAGGACCCUAGGACACGAGGAGAAUGAAAAGGGUACACCAAAAUAUAAUAAUAAUAAUAAUAAUAAUAAUAAUAAUAAUAUUAAUAAUAGUAAGGGUAGUGAUAGUAGUAAUGGUCGUGAUAGUAGUAAUGGUCGUGAUAGUAGUAAUGGUCGUAAUAGCCGUAAUGGUCGUAAUGGUCGUAAUGGUCCUAAUAAUAGUUGUAGUUUUGUUGAGGGAUAUAAUAAAAAGGGUGAUGUAAACAUAAAGGGACUACAAAUAAAGGAAGAAAAUCAUUAUCUAUGUGAGUGUAUUGGUUUAUUAAUACCUUACAUGAAAGAUAAGCAAAAAAUAAUUAGUUUCUUCAGUAUAUGUUGUAUUAUGACAUUAUUAGGCAAAUUAAACAACGUGUGUAUUAUAAAUAAGACACAUUUUAUAUAUUUUUUUUUAAAUAAUUCUUUGCAUGAUAUUCUAAAUAUAUUUAAUGAGUUAAGGGAUAUGUGCUUACCAGUAAAAGGGAUUAUACAGAAAAAUAAUAAAAAGAUAAAAAAUAAGAAUUGUACAAAUAUUGGUACUACUAUUGAUAAGAUAUCGAAGAAGAAGACACCAGAUAACUUACAACAUUGGGAAGUUACAAAAUGUGGUUCUACAGAGGAUACAUAUGGCAAAAAAAAAAAAAAAAAAAAAAAUGAAAAAGAAUAUAGAAAUGAUAAUAUGUAUAAAAAGGAUAAUAUAUGUAAUGAUGAAGAAGAAAUAAAUUACUUUAAUGAAAAAGGUAAGAACAAUAACAGGAACAGUGAAGGUGGUAAUAAUAAUUAUAUUGCAUGUGAUAAGAUUAAAAAAGGAGGUAGACGAAAAAAUGAAUGUAUUUAUCAUUUUUCCUAUCGAAAUGUAAGAAAAAAUUUAUAUAACAUAGAAUUUGAAAAGAAGUUUUAUCGAAAAUUAAAUAGAAGUAUAUACGAGAUAAAUAGUAACAAAUAUCAUGAGAAGUUUAUAAAAAAGUUAGGUAUGUUUAAAUAUAAAAAAAGUAAUAAUAACAAAGGAGAGACGAAUUUAUACAAAUUGGUUAAUGAUAUAAUUAUUGAAGAUUUUUCAUCUGAUGAAAAACAUUCAUACGUAAAUACUUUAUUAUGUUGUAUACAUAAUAAGAAUAAACAUAUAUCUAUGAAUGGGUUAUAUCUCCUUAUGUAUUAUAUAUUAAAGGAACAUUUUGAUAUUGAAAGUAUAAAACUUCUAAUGAAUAGAGUUUUUGAUGAGUUGUUUUAUUAUACCAAAAGGAAUAUAUUAAAUGAGAAAUGUUUAAAAAGGAGACAAAAGAGUGAAGAAGAAGAAGAAGAAAAAACAAACAAAAAAAAUAAAAUAAAUAAUAAUAAUCAUAAUAAUAAUAAUAAUAAUAAUGUAGUUGAGGCAUAUAAUAAUGAUCAACUAAAACAAAACAAAUUAAAUAAUACUAUAGGGGAAUAUUAUAAUAUUAUGCAUAAUAAUAUGAAGAAAAAUGGUCGAGGGAAAAACGAAAUAAAUACAAAUAUAAGACAAAAAGUAAAAUAUAUGGAUAUAAAAAAAAAACAAAGAAAGAAAAAGAAUAUUUUGGAUAUAUCUCUAAAUCUGAUAUUUUUAUUAUGUCGAAAUAACUUUUAUGUAAUGUUAAAUAAAAUAUGCAUGUUACAAUCUAAAUAUAACUAUGAACAUGUUUAUUUUAUUUAUAUGAUAUGUAACAAUAAACAAAUGUUAAUUAAAACACUAGAUUAUUUAUUCUAUAUAUUAAAUAAUCAUCACAAUAUAAAAUGGAAUAAUAAUUUGAGUAAUAUAUUAUCUCUAUUAUUUCAUUUUCUAAAGUUUAGAAAUAUACAUGUAAGGAACUAUGGCCAGGAACAUUUUAUCGAAUUAUAUUUAAUUGUUUAUUAUGUAUUAGGAGUAAGGCAGCUGUCACAUCUUUACAAUAAUACAAACAAUAGUAUGGGUACUAAUAUGAAUAAAAAAAAGUAUCUAUUUCAUAAUUUUGAUAAGGUACAUUUAUUGAAAUAUAAAAAGGAAAAUAAUAAAGUUCUAAUUACAGGAGAAAAAGAGGGUGAUGGGGAAGAAGUUAUGGAAGAAAAUAUUAUGGAUAUAAAUAAAAGUAAAGAUAUCAGUAAAAAUAUGGAGAUCGUUCAAAAUAUUGAAUAUGAUAAUAAAUAUGAUAAAAUAAGAAAUGAUAUGGAUGCAAUAUAUAUGGCUAUAGACAAAGAUAUGGAUAACAUAGGUAUAAUAAAUUGUAUGCGUUAUUUUAAUUUGUAUAAAAAUUAUAAUAACCUAUCGAAUGAAUGUAAUAAUAGGGAAUAUAACUUGAAUGAAUUAUAUAUGGAGGAUAUAAAAAGAAAUAUGAAACGAUAUGACAAUAAUUUUAAUAUUAACCAUUAUGAUGAUAACAACAACAAUAAUAAUAAUAAUAAUAACAACAAUAAUAAUAAUAAUAACAACAAUAAUAAUAAUAAUAAUAAUAACAACAAUAAUAAUAAUAAUAACAACAAUAAUAAUAAUAAUAAUAACAAUGGUGGGUGUUUUUUUUUUCAUGUAGACAAGGAUUUGUUUUUUUGUACAAAAAAAAACAUAUUUCCAUGUAAAAAUAUAGAAACGGUAUGUAAGAAUGAAUAUAACAAAAAGAUAUAUAAUAAUUACACGUGCAAUAUAAGCGUGAAUAAUACCUUAAAUUGCUUAAAUAUAAUAAAGGAAUUAAUAAAACUGAAUAAUAAUAAAAAGAAAAUAUUGAAUUACUAUGAAUAUCAUAAAGUCGAAAAAUUAUUAUAUUAUAGGCAUUCGUUUGAAAAUGGUUUAAUAAAAUUAAUAUAUGUAUUUUUAAAAGAAACUGAUUGUAUACAAGUAUUUAAAAUUUUGAAUAUUUUUCUAAUAAUUGAUAAUAUAAAUUAUAUCAUAAUUUCGCUUAUUAUUUUAUCUCAAAUAUUAUUAUGUAUAAAAAUUAAUGAAGAGAUUAUAAAAAUAAUACAACCACUUAUUCAAGUAUUAUAUUGUAUAAAUAAAAGAAAAUACAAUCAUAUGUUAAUUACAAAAUAUUUGCAUAUAUCUUUUAGAAAUUUUUUUCUCAUUUUUAAAUAUAUUUAUAUGUAUUCGUCAUAUAAAACAACAGAACUGUUUUCUUUGUUUAUGAAGGAGGAGCAAAUGUUGAACAUAUUAAAUUCUUUGUUUAAAAAUUUAAAUAAUACUGACAAUAGUUAUACAAUAAAGGAGACUUUAAAGUGUUUAAAAGAGUUGUGUAAAUAUGAUGGUGAUCGUUGGCCUUCGUCUUCAAUGUAUUUAUCCUUUCAGAAAAUAUUAAGUGAUAACAAAAUAAUUCAAAUUUAUUUAAAUAGCGAUGAAGUUAUGAAUAGAGUAUAUAUCUGCAAGAUAAUGUGUGAAUUGUAUCGAACGCUUAGGAGGGAGAAAGAUAAAACAAAAGAUAUGGGAGUAAUAUUAAAUGAUGAUAUAAUAAUUGAUGGUGAAGGUAACAAAUGUGGUGAUAUAAUAAACAGUGAUAUAUUAAAAAUUGAGGAGGAAAAUAAGAAAAAAGAAAGAAGAAAAACGAAAAAAGAAAAAGAAAUGAGAGGAAAAAAUAGGAAAAUAAAAAAGAGUUUCUACGAAACGAUUACUUAUUUAUUUAUCCAUUUAAUGGAUAAGAACAGAAGAGUAUCUAAACAUGUAUGGUUAGCUUUAAAGGAGUUAAUCAAAUAUAAAUUUUAUGAGGAUAAUGUGAAUGAUAUUUUAACAUAUUUUGACGAUAAAAUUUUUGAUAUAAAAAAAACAAAUAUCACAAUGCAAAAGGAGCAACAUUCUAUUUUUGUUAAAAAGGAAUAUUUUGUAAAUAUGGAAACAAAAGAUGAAAUGACAACAAUAAUGAAAAAAAAAGAAAAAAAAAAAAAAAAAAAAAAAAGAAGAAGAAAAAAAAAAGAUUCAGAAAUUAAAUAUAAUAGUAUAUUUAAUAAAAGCGAAGAAUAUAAUAUAAAGAAAAGAGGAACAUUUGAUUAUGAAAAUAUACAAAUAAUGAUAACAACAGAUGAAAGUGAUAACAAGGAAUCUGAGUGUAGUUCAAGGAAGGAUGUGAAAAGGCAAAAAAUUAAUAUAUAUUAUUAUAAGUUAUUCAUUGAGAUGUUUAUACCUUUAUUAAUAUGUGUAGACACAAAAGAAUGUUACCACAAUAUUAAUAAUAAAUGUAAUGAUUUAAAAUUGUUGUUUGCCGAGUUGACCAAAUAUUUGUAUAAUAAUGACAUGGAGUUUAAAGAAAGAAACCGAUUAAAAUAUGAGUCUGUAAAAAAUGACGAAUUGUAUAACAUUUUCUUUAAAUACCUAAAGUUAGAUUUAAAAAAUAUAAAUAAUUUAUAUAGGGCGUACAUAAUAUUGUUACAUAGUAGGAUUUAUUUUGACAAAAAAUUAUGGAAUGUUAAAAAUGUACAAGUGCGUGAAGAGGUUAUAAAAAUGAUAAAUGAAUAUGAGUUGAAAAAUACGAAAUCUCGAGCAGAGCAUGUUUUAUUUGGAGAUUUAAAAGGGAAGGAUAUAUCAUGUGAGGAGAUGACAAAUUUAAAUAAGGAUACUAUAAGAAAAGGUAAUAUAAAAAGGAACAAUAUAAAUAAGAGUAAUAUAAAAAGGAACAAUAUAAAUAAGAGUAAUGUAAAAAGGAGUAAUACAGAUAAGAGUAAUGUAAUAAGUGAUUUUCAUAUUACAUCUAAUAAUAACAUUACAAGAAGUUUUACAGCUACGUUAACUGAUUCUAUAUUCAAUACCUUAUCUGAGACAUUGAAUUAUUCAUAUGAUAAUUUUUUCUCAAAUAUGGAUAAUAUAAAAAUCAAGAAAAAUGAGAUUAAUAAUAUAACAGAUGUUGAUUAUGGAAAUAAAAAGGAAUACCAUGAGAAUUAUUUGAAGGUGAAACAAAAUAAGGUUAAUGAGGAAUAUAUAGAAGAAACGUUUAAAAGUGAUAAGGACUGUUCAAUCAAAGAUGAGGCAUGUACAAUAAGAACACUGAGCGAGUCUUGUAAUAUAUCUGAAAAUAUUUCAAAUAUUGAUAUGGAUGAUGAAGACCAUAUAUCUUUUCCUAAUGGAAGGAAUGUACAUGAUAAUAAUUAUAUGAAGAAAAAUCAUGUGAACUAUGAUAAAAUGCGUGUAGGAAAAAAUAAAAUUCCUAGUUUUACUCAUUUUGAUAAAAUUUUGGAUGAAAAAAAAAAAAAGAGUGAUAAGGAUAUGUCUUCAUCAAAAUGGUUAGAGAGGGAAGAGCAUAUAAAGGAAAUUAAAUUGGAAAAGAAUGAAUAUAUGAAUGGUAAUAUUGGUGACAAUAGAAAUGGUAAUAUUGGCGAUAAUACAAAUGGUAACAUUGGCGACAAUAGAAAUGGUAAUACUGGCAACAAUAGAAAUGGUAAUAUUGAUGAUCAUGUUAUUGAUAAUACGAAUGAAUAUGAUGAAGAUAUAUAUUAUAGAAACAGCAUAUAUAAUGUACGUGAUGAGAACUCUUAUGAUAUGUUAUAUCAUCCUUUUGUAUGUUCUAUACAAAUUAAUAAUGAAAAUUAUAACAUAUUCAUUUCAAGCAGUGAAGAGGAGGAAGAAGAUGAAGAUAAAAGAAAAAAUGUCAUUCUAACGGAUAAAUUUACUGAUGAUAAGAAUAGAGAGGAUAUAACAAAGAAUUAUCCAGAUAGACAAUUUAUUAAAAGGAAAUUAAAAAAAAUACAAUUAUUGAAUAAAAGAUAUAAUUUUGUUGAUCACUUUAGAAAUGUACAAACUUUUAAAACAAAAGAAAAUUUAUUAUAUUGGAUAGAGAUGUUAAAAUUUUUAAGGGAAAAUCCACAAGAGAUUAAUGAUUUAUUUUCAACAAGAGAAAUUAAAAAGGUCAAUGUAGCAGAUUUUUUUGAAGCAUCUUUAAUGUGUGCUUUAACAGUAAUAAAGUUUGUAUCCUUAACAAUUAAUUCUAAAAAAUUAUAUAAGCAUACAUUAAAAUGUGGUAUUAAUAAAGUAGACAAUGAAAUAAUAAAUGAAGAUAAUAUAACAAUGGUGAAGGAACAUAAAAUAGAAGAAAUGUAUUUUAUACAUACAUUAAUUAUAUCAACAAAAUUAGAAGCAUUGUGUUCUUCUAUUAGUAAACAAUUAUGUACAUAUCUAGAAAAUGAAAAAACGGAAUUGCACAUCCCUAUCAUAAAAUCGUUAUCUAUAUUGUCUAUAUUGAAGCCGUCCACCUGA